UGGAUAAACCCACAAACACAUACACACAUAAACCCCUUCUUUAGCUUAGCAAAGAAGAAGAAGAAAACAAAGAAAGGCAAAGCAAUGGAGGCACUGAGAGUGUGGAGCCUAACGACGUCGCAGCCAUUGAAGCACCUCUUUCGCCUCGCAACCGCUACCACCACCACCACCACCACCAGCUCCGUCAGAUUCGUUCUCAGGUGCUCCUCCACCGCCGCUACCACCACCACCGGAGGCCGUAACCGUCGAUCUUCUUCUUCGUCUUCUUCCUCUUCCACUUCCGACAAAGACGCCGUUCGCGCCAUUCGCUUGAAGAAGGUUGAAGAAUUGAGGAGCAAGGGGUUGGACCCGUAUGCUUAUAAGUGGGAUAGGACUCACACUGCUAAUCAGCUUCAAGAUAUCUAUAGACAUCUAGGGAAUGGUGAGGAGUCGAAUAGUGAGAGUGAUCAUGUUUCAAUCGCGGGAAGAAUUGUGGCUCGCAGAGCAUUUGGGAAGCUUGCCUUCUUUACGCUACGUGAUGAUUCUGGGACGAUUCAGCUUUACUGCGAGAAGGAGAGGCUUGUAAAUGAUCAAUUUGACCAGUUAAAGACGCUCGUUGAUAUUGGUGAUAUACUUGGUGCAAGUGGUUCAAUUAAGAGGACAGAGAAAGGAGAGCUUUCUGUUUAUGUGAAUUCAUUCGCCAUUCUUACUAAAUCUCUACUCCCACUGCCGGACAAAUUUCAUGGUCUAACUGAUGUGGAUAAGCGCUACCGCCAAAGGUAUGUAGAUAUGAUUGCAAAUCCUGAAGUAGCUGAUAUAUUCCGGAAUAGAGCAAAGAUCGUGUCAGAGAUACGUAAGACAGUGGAAUCAUUAGGCUUUGUUGAAGUUGAAACUCCAGUUUUACAGGGAGCAGCUGGUGGAGCGGAAGCUAGGCCAUUUGUUACACACCAUAAUUCACUGGGAAGGGACCUUUAUUUGAGAAUAGCGACGGAGCUUCACUUAAAGAGAAUGCUGGUUGGGGGGUUUGAAAAAGUAUACGAGAUUGGGAGAAUAUUCAGAAAUGAAGGCAUUUCAACUCGUCAUAAUCCUGAAUUUACCACAAUAGAGAUGUAUGAAGCAUAUUCAGACUACCAGAGCAUGAUGAACAUGGCGGAGGAAAUUGUUAGUCGAUGUGCUGUUGCAGUUCGUGGGAAGCUUACAAUUGACUACCAGGGUGUGGAGAUAUGUCUUGAGCGACCUUGGAGGAGGGAAACCAUGCACAAUCUUGUAAAAGAAGCCACUGGGAUUGAUUUCAGUGAGUUGGGAAAUGAUCUUAAAACUGCAAAGGAAGUAACUCUGAAGGCCCUUGGAAUUGACCUUGAGAACAAAGACAAAUCUUCUAUUGAAGCAAGUCCAUCUGUUGGCCACCUCCUUAAUGAGGUAUUUGAGAUUGUUGUAGAACCGAAACUUCUGCAACCCACAUUUGUGUUGGACUAUCCUAUUGAGAUAUCUCCUCUGGCAAAACCACAUAGAAGGCAUGCAGGGUUAACUGAAAGAUUUGAGCUUUUUAUCUGUGGUCGUGAGCUGGCCAAUGCGUUUUCUGAAUUGACUGAUCCUAUGGAUCAGAGAGGACGCUUGGAAGAGCAAGUGAGGCAGCAUAAUGAGAAGAGAGCAGCAGCUGCUAUGGAUACAAAUUCUGUGGAAGGAAAAAGUAAUAAAGAUGAGGAUGGCUCAUACGAAGUGACUCUUGAUGAUGACUUUUUGACGGCUUUGGAAUAUGGAAUGCCUCCAGCUUCAGGAAUGGGACUUGGAAUUGACAGGCUGGUGAUGCUCUUGACCAACUCUGCCAGUAUCCGUGAUGUAAUUGCUUUCCCAGUCCUUAAGAUUCAGCAGUAGCGUUGCAGCAAAAGGUCUGGUGGAUGAUAAUUCCUUUGGAUUAGUAAUUAUGUUGUAGUUUUUAAGAGGAUUAUAGCUGUCUCGAAUGUUGACCUUUCGGUGGUUAGAGCCUAUGCUGUUUUGUUCAAUACAUUGUGAUCAUUUUAGGAAAAUUUUGGCUUGCAUGGGGAGUGUGAUGUAGCCUGGAUGAAAAAAGCUUCAGUAUUUGUUCUUAACGCAAACACAUUACAGAUUUUAUUAUUAUUAUUUAAUUUUUUCAGUCCAGGGUGCUCAUUAUGCGGCUGGCUGUAAAUUAUGACUAGAUUGAGACACUUGAGCUGUAAUACAGUUUCAAUGAAAUGAAUGAAUAUGAUAGUUGUGUUGCCUA